GUUCGUUCUUACGUGUGGCACACUUGUUUUAUGUCGUGAAUGAUUUUAAGUAUAUGUUUGAUACGGGGUCCAUACGUGCAAACAUGUCGACUUGAUUUUUGAAAACAGAGGAACAUUUUACAUUAUUACAUAAGGAUUUGAAUUAGUAUAUUGUGACCUUACCUGUAACCUAUCAUGCAGAGGAAGUUUUUUCUGUUCAUGUUAUCGCAUUUAUCACCAUCAUCAAGACGAAUAGCUGUCAUUACGAGACACAUGACAGCGUUACGUGAAAUGUCAUCAAGUGGGCAUGCAGAGUCCACUCCUAUUUCCAACGCUAAAGAAUACUCGGCUGGUUUAAUAGUCAUUGGAGAUGAGAUCCUUAAGGGACAGAUUGCUGAUACAAACACCCAUUUCAUAACAAGGCACCUGUUUUCAUGGGGAGUUCGAGUGAGACGGAUUUCUGUGAUACCAGAUGAACUUGAGGUCAUUUCAAAAGAAGUUGCAGAUUUCUCCAAGAGGUACACAUAUGUUAUAACAACAGGUGGAGUAGGACCAACACAUGAUGAUCUCACAUUUGAAGGGGUUGCCAUGUCUUUUGGGGAGCCAGUUGUACCACACCCUGAGCUGGUUGCUCUGUGCACCAAGUACUUUGGUACACAUGACAUGGAUUCACCUCAGAUGAAGAUGGCAAAGGUUGCCAAAUCAGCAAAGUUGAUUUAUGGGGAAGACAAGACCACAGGGGAGAAAACCAGGUACCCUCUGGUGACUGUGCGCAAUAUAUACAUGUUUCCUGGUGUUCCAUCAAUCCUUAUGAAGGCAUUUCCACUACUAAAGGACGUGUUCAGAAAUCCAAAUACUGAAUUCCUCACAAAGGAGCUGUAUGUUACUGCAGACGAGAUAUCUAUUGCUAAUGUACUUAACAAAUGUGAUGAAAAAUACAAAAAGCAUGUGACAUUGGGUUCAUAUCCAGACUUUAUCAACAGCUACUACAAGGUGAAACUGACUCUGGAGUCUGAAAGCAAGGAGCACAUUGAGUCUUCAUUCGCAUUCCUCCAAGAGCACCUGCCAGAAGACAGUAUAGUGCAAUAUGAGAAGAACCCAGUGGCUGUGGCUGUAGACAAGGUGUAUGGAAUAGUCGAAUCUGCAAACACUGAUCCCUAUACAGAAAAAGUCAGAAAAGCUGUGCAAACCUUCGAAGAGGCCCUGAAACGUUACAGAUUGGAGGAAAUCUGCAUAUGCUUCAAUGGAGGAAAGGAUUGUUCAGUUCUGCUUCAUCUUGUGUAUGCAGUGAUAAAAAAGUGUUUCCCAGACUCAGACGAGGCCCUGAAAGCUCUGUAUAUAAAAAAUCGUCUGACUUUCCCAGAGGUAGAAAAGUUCAUACAGAUUUCCAGAGACAGAUACAAGUUAGAGAUGUUGAACUUCAAUGGCCGUAUCAAGGACUCUCUGUAUGAACUGCAGGCCAAGAACCCAGAAAUAAAAGCUGUUAUAAUGGGAACAAGGGAGACGGAUCCAUUCUCCUCUCAUUUGGAGGCAUUCUCUAUGUGUGACCCAGACUGGCCACAGUACAUGCGUGUUAAUCCUAUCCUCAACUGGACGUACACGGACAUCUGGACAUUCCUCAGGACCCUGUGUCUGCCAUACUGCAGUCUGUAUGACAGAGGAUAUACUUCACUGGGUAAUAUGAACAACACCCAUCCCAACCCUUCACUCCAGUACGUAGACCUUGAUGGUGUGGUGAGGUACAGACCAGCCUAUGAGCUGGAGAAUGACUCCAAGGAAAGAGAUGGGAGGAACACUUGAUGAAUUAUGCAUUUUAGAACUAUUCUUGAUUGGGUUGUUUGAAUUAAAAAAAACUUAGCUGC